AUGCCGACCAACUUCCUCAGCCUUCCCAGAGAACUCCGCAACAGCAUAUAUGAGCUACUCUUAGUAUUCGAAGAAUCCAUCAGAAUGAACAAUCAUUUAACACCUCAGAAGCUCCAAGAUUUUACUCCGGGGCUCCUCCGCGCAAACAAGAUUAUUCAUAGCGAAGCCAGCUUUAUACUCUAUGCACAGAAUCGCUUUACCCUAUACGACAGCUCUGAGUCAUUCUUCGAGAAGAUUGGCCGUAACAAUGCAAGUUCCAUCCUAUACAUAUGUAUCGACUUUCCUAGAUUCGAUUAUCGGAUUCUUCAUGGCACUACCCUUCGGGAUCCCAGCUCUCAGCUGCUCGCGAAAAUACAGAGUGACUGCACCAAUAUACAGACGCUUCAAACGUCUCUAGAAACUACCGUUGAGAUGGAGCAUAGGUUCGCUAAGUUUGAUAAUUUCAAUAUUGGUGCGGGGGCCUUGGCGCUGGCCGAUGCACACUUCAGAGGCAUUGCAUCCCUACAAGAUAUUAUCGUCGAGGUUUACAAGGAGGGCCCGAGUGCUUUGAUACGAAAGGAAAUGGAGAGCCAUGGAUGGACGAUUAACACAAGGGAAUUUGUGGAGGAGUUGGAUGUCGAAAAUGGGGUUUUCAUGAACGUGAAAGAGUAUUAUGAAUCUCUAGAUCAUCAUGAAUAUCAACGUCAUGAUGAUAGUGGUUUUUGA